AUGUCUUCCGGCGUGGUCCGCUCUACCGCCCUGAGGGCCGGCGGCGCCUGUGUGCGAUGCCGCAAGGGCAAGACCAAGUGCGUCUACGAGAACGGUCGCGCUCCUUGCAAAAACUGCGCCAAGGGCAUGCACGAAUGCUAUCUGCCAUCCGAGUCGAUGGGCGGCGCGUCGCCGGCUCGACACGCCUCGCAUCGUCCCGCCAGGGAGAGUCUGCCUGCUGUGGGCGCCUCAAACCCCGACACGCGUGUCGCGAAUCCGGCCGCCGUUACCUCGCGUCACGGUCAGGCCAUUAUCGCAGAGAAGCUCACGCCCGAACUCGUCCAGGAAUGCGAUCGUGUCAUCUCCAAGACAUAUCCCGCCUGUGUCGUUUUCCACAAGCCGACCUUCCUCGGUCAGCUGAAGACCUCGUCUAUGGACCCGGCCCUAGUCUACGCUCUUCUCACCUGUGCCGCUCGGAGCUCACCCACGUUGAUCCGUCGAUAUGGCGCCCAGUCGGGUGGUGGUGCCACGGGCGCCGCAGAGCACUUUGCCGCCAAGGCUAUGUCCAUGAUCAACCACAACCUCGAUGCCCCAUCCCUGGCUGACAUUCAGGCCAUCUGCCUCGUUAUUAUCCACGAGUGGGGCUCGAGAAACGCUGUCCGUGCCUACAUCUACCUCGGCCAAGCUACGCGCAUGGUCCAGAUGUAUCGUGUCAUUCAUAGCCACCACGCCGACCCCGGAACUACCGAGCGCUUCCUCGAGGACGAGUCCUUCCGUCGCGUUAUCUGGCUGCUCUACAUCCUCGACUGCCUCUUGACGAGCCACCCUGGUCGCCAGCCCGCUCUUUCGGGUGCCGACACCAUCGACGUCUCACUGCCAUGCACUGACAUGAACUUUGCCUUUGGCAACGCCGUCUUCGUCCAGACUCUGAGCCUGACCGACCCCCCUCGCCUGCCUCCCGGCGCCCAUGUCGACAACAUUGGCGAAUUUGGCCACAUCGUCAUGGCCACACGAAUCUGGCGUGACGUCAUCCAGAUGCUGAUGAGCACGUCGACCGAGACGUUCAGCGACGCCACGUGCAGCCAGAUUAUGGGCGCCAUUGACGACCUGCGCCGCUCUCUGCCCAUGCAAUAUGCCGACAAGCCCGGCCAGGUCAAUCUUCACAUCACCAUGGGGUCCGGUUUCACGUACGCCAUGCUGCACUGCAUGCUGCACUGCUCCUCCAUCUUCAUCAACCGCCGUCGCCUGCUGCAGUAUGUGACGGCUCACGAUUUCAACCUGGAGACGUGGCGUGUUACGCCGCAGUGCCACGAGCUCAUCGACCGCCUCUUCACAUCGUGCCACAGCACCAUCGCCAUGCUGACGGCUCUCGAGACGGGCUUUGAAAAGGAGGCCAACCUGUGCUUCCCCAUUGUCAUGCUCUUCUCCGCCUUCACCGCCAGCGCCACCGUCGCUUACCUCUCCCUCAAGGCCUUGACGCCCCCCAACGCCGUCGAGACGGCCGCCCACAUCGUCCGUGACGGCCUCCGGUUCAUGCAAGACGGUGUCGAGACGUGGCCUCUGAUCGCAUCGUGGCUGCGUCACCUGACGGUCAUGCACCGCGUGCUGGCCAACGACGGUUCUGCUCCGAUGCCCCAGGGAGGACCCGACCACCCGAUGGUCUCGAUUAAGGACGAGGCCGCAUCGAACCCCGACUCGAGCAGCCACGCCGAUGCCAUGGACUACGACCAGGUCUCUUCCCACGGUCCCGCCCAUAGCGCGCACAACCAUGCCGGAAGCGUCAGCGAGAGCGGAAGGGAUAGCGAACCCCCGGUGCCGCUGCCCCGCCGGCCCGGUGUCACGACCAUCAACGGCGGCUCUGGAAGCAUCGCUGGAACGCCUGCUACCACCAACAGCCCACCGCCGGCGCCGGCGUCGGAGCCCAAGCGCUCGCCAUCGGCGGUGCCUGCGCCUCCGAGCAACGGCAAUGGGACCCACGAGACCGAGCGUCCCUCCAACCCUGUGCCGCAAGACAUGACGGCUGUUGAGCUCUGCUCGGCCUUUGAGCGCCAGCUCCUGGAACUGGACGACCUUGCUGCCUUUAUGGGCGGCGGUGUAUGA